AUGGCAAAGUUGCUGGUAUAUAUUGCUUUCAUCAUUUAUUGCGGUCGUCAAGCUGCCAACCCAGCACAACCAGGACCAGGUGUAGCAGCCGCGGAGAUUAUCACAGAUUAUAAAGUUGACAAGUUAUGGGAUGAUGGCUCAUUAAUACAAACAACGCAAGUGGAAGAGUCAAUGCUAUUGAAUUGUGAUAGAAUGGAAGAUGGAAGAGUGUCUAUUUUGGAAGAGAAACCAUUGCUGUUUGUGCGAAACACUCUUAAUUUGAUAAAGUGA